AUGAGUUUUCAUUUCCUUGACCCAUAUACACCAGAUAUAUUAGAAAAUGACUCAAGGAGAUUGGAAAGAGUCCCAAGGAGGAGAAAGCCAAAUUAUUUCAUUAUAUACCGUACAGAAAUGAUGAAAUAUAAACCAGAAAAAAUGACGAUGCCGGAUUACAGCAAACUCGUAUCUAAAUGGUGGCGUAAUAUGUCAAAAGAAGACAAGGCUGCACGAAAAAGAAGUUAUCAGAUCAUUCGGGAUCAAAGAUUACCGAACAUUGUGAACAAUAAUGUCGUUGCUGUUCAAAUGGGAGAAAGUUCGGACUCUUAUACUUCGAUGACAGUUGAUCAAUUCAAUCAAAAUCAAACAUUUUCAACUGAAAUGAACGAAAACGUGAACGAAUAUCCCAUUGCUGGACAAAUGGGCGAAAUUCCUUCGUUUUCAGUUUAUCAAAUAUUACCAAACACAGAGGACGAACUUACCUUUGAUGAUCAAACAGACGAAGCUUCGCACUUUCAUCCUUCUGUGACAGUUUAUUGUGAACGAUUAUUACCAAACGCAGAGGAUGAACAUGCCGUUGAUGAUCAAAUGGACGAUAGUUCGGAUUCUAAUCCUUUGAUAGCAGAUAUAGGUGAAUCAUCAUACGAUUUUCAACCUAUCUGUUAUGAUUUGGAUUCAACCACGAUGAGAGGUGAUUGUUUUUUCACCGAUUAUCCUUCAGAAGAGUUUUUUUUGAACGAUGAUGAUUUCAUGAAAUACGACUAUUAUAAGUUAUGA